GCUGUGGAGGAAGGCUGAGGGGCCGCCGACCCACCUGAGAAGACUUCAGCUCUUUAGAUGAAAUGUAAGGAAAAAUGACAAGCAUGGAAAGUGAGAAUACAAAGAAAAUACAAGAAAUGAAGACUGACCUGAACUUACUGUUGGAAUGUCUGAAGUAUCACAUGGGCAACCCUUUGUCACAAAAGGAAGUUUUGAUCACUAUCCAUUCCGUUUGUAAACAAAACAGUGAUGCAGGUGUUUAUUUCCGGGAAAUUGGUGGUUUGAUGUUUGUAGAAAGUCUUGCAAAGUCAAGUGAGCAUAGCAUGGUAAAAGAAGCAGCCUUAUAUACAUUAGGAUCUAUUGCAGAAGGAAAUGUUUACUGUCAACAAACUUUGUGUACUUCAGAAUUAUUUCAAGAUUUAAUUUUGCUCUUAUCUAAUGAUGAUUCAAACACAAAUUUGAAAAGAAUGUCCAUCUAUGUUCUUUUGGUUCUGGUUUCAAAUAAUAGGAAUGGACAAACGCUUGUAAGAGAAACAGGUUGUAUUGAAGUUCUGUCACAGUUGUUCAGGACAGUUCUUUCAAAUUAUGAGUUGAAUUUGUCAGAUAAUAAUGUUUUCCAGAAUUAUCUGUUGUGGUCCUCAGUGUGCAGUACACUGUGUGUGUGUGUCAACAAUCCUCAAAAUGACGAGAAUCAAAUGCUUUGUUGUUCACUUUUUCCACAUGUGAAUGAAUGGCUAGUGAAUUGUAUGAAACCUGAGAUAAUUCGCCCUAUAUGCUCGUUUAUUGGACUUACUCUUGCAAAUAAUACACAUGUCCAGAACUGCUUUGUAUCUUCGGGUGGACUGGAUGUUUUGUCUCAAGUUCUCGUGCAGCUGGAGUUGGAUUCACACAAUACUUUUUCCAGUGCAAAACUUGCAGUGAUGGUGACAAAGACCUUAGAUGCAUGCAUUACUAAUAAUUCAGCUUCUUUUUCAGUGGUAUUAUCCAAAUACCACAUUGUUUCAAAACUUCUGUCAUUAUUGCUUCAUGAAAGUCUUGAUUUGGGAGAAAAAUUCAGCAUCAUACUUGCCAUUGGUCACUGCACAGAGGAUUGUGAGGAAAAUCAGUAUGAACUUUUAAAAAGCAAUGGGCUUCCACUAAUGAUACAAGCCUUAACUGAAUUUAAGAAUGAAGAACUAAGCAGAGCUGCCACUUAUGUACUUCACAACUGCAAAAAAAUUACUGAGAAAUUAUCUCUAAGUCUACAAGACAUUUCUUUUGAUAAAAAUGAAGCCAACCAACAAAAGGACAUAAAUGAAAAAGAGAAUCUUGAAGAGCACUGGAAGACAGCCAAGGAAAUCAUAUGCAGAAUAAAACAAUUUGAAAGAGAAGGAAAAGAGGAGAAAUUACAAAGUGACCAAUACAAGGAUAAUGCCUCAUCUAUGAAAAUAAAAAUACAGAACAGUUUGAAACGUCUCUGUGCAGAUACUAUUAGAGGUACCAAAGCAGAAAAUAAGAAUACAAACCAGUCUAGACAGCUUCACAGUUCUAAGUCCGAUGGCAUCACAUCUAAAACUUGUGCAAAUGAAAACCAAAUGAAGACUCUGAAAAAGAACACAAAUCCCCUUAAUCCUUGCUAUAGGGAGAGAAUGCAAAAUAAGAAUUUACAUAAAGCCACUUCAAGCUGCACCCAAAACUUAAAUGAAAAGAUGACUUUUAAUCAAAAGGAUUCUGUUUCUCAAUCAAGUGACCAUGUUGUUAAACAUCCAAUUCACACUGUCAAAAAUAGAAAGCAGCAGGUACCAGUAACAGAUCCAUUUACAUUGUGUUUAGACAUAAUAGAUAAAGAAGUUGGUUUUCAAGCAACUGACAAGUCUUUCAAAAUGUUGAAAUACAAAUGCUCAGGUUGCAUAGCGGUAAGAAAAUUACUCAACAGUCGAAAUUUUAGCAAGCUUUUGCACUCUUGUACAUACCAAUGUGAUUAUCAUAAAGUCAUUAUGGAAGCUGAAGAUAAAUAUAAAAGUGAAUUAAGGAAAGCACUUAUCUGUGACAAAGAAAUUUUGCUGACCCCUCGUAGAAGAAGACAUCUUAAUCAAGUGUCUACUGCCUCUGAAGGACUAAAAGCUAUUCAUCAAAAACCAGAUAGUCAAAAACUUCCGGGUUUGGAGGAACAUGCCCAUAAUACCAGCAUUCCAGAGGCUGAGGCGAGAAGAUUCCAAGUUCCAGGCGAACAUGGACUACAUAGAAAACGAAGAAUUCGCAAAAACUUUACCAAAGAAGAAGUAAAUUAUCUUUUCCAUGGAGUUAAAACAAUGGGAAAUCAUUGGAAUUCAAUUUUGUGGUCUUUCCCCUUUCAACAAGGACGAAAGGCUGUAGACCUUGCUCACAAAUACUACAAGCUGAUCAGAGGCCCCAACUGUGCAGCCAUAUGACUAGAAGAGACUCAAGUUUUUUGU